CUCUCUCUCUCUCUCUCUCUCUCUCUCUCUCUAUCAUAGCUUUAGGAUUCAUGGCUUCUUCUCUCCUCUUCGACCUCGAGAACCCGCUCACGAGCUCCGACGAGGAGCAGCACCACUUCUCCAACUCGAUCGCGGCGCUCUUCGCCGCGGAGUCCGAUCACAUGAGCCCCCUCGCCGGUGGCCACCUCGAUCUCUCCGCCCGCCGCGACGCCAUCUCCCUCAUUCUCCAGGCGCAGUUUAGCUGCAAUCUGGAUCCAUCCGUGGCCUACCUCGCCAUCAACUACGUCGAUCGUUUUCUGUCCAAGCGAGAAAUCCCGAGAGAGAAGCCCUGGGUCGUACGGCUCCUUUCUAUCUCCUGCCUCUCCAUCGCCUCCAAGAUGAAGAAGCUGGACUUCUCCCUCACCGAUUUCCAGCGAGAGGAGGGAUUCAUAUUCGACGCCAAGACGAUUCGGCGGAUGGAGCUUCUAGUUCUUGGGGCGCUGGACUGGCGGAUGCGAUCCAUCACCCCCUUCUCUUUCCUCCCCUACUUCCUCUCCUUCUUCUCCCCUGCCCAGCCCCCUCUCCUCCACGCCCUCAAAGCUCGCGCCUCCCGAACCCUCUUCAAAGCCCAGAACGAGAUCAAGAUGUUAGAGUUCAAGCCAUCGGUGAUCGCCGCGGCGGCGCUCCUCUCCGCCGCCCACGAGCUCUUCCCCAUCCAAUUCGCCUCCUUCCGCUCCGCCAUUUCCUCCUGUGAAUUUGUAAAUAAAGAGAUAUUGGGGGAGUGCUGCAACGCGAUUGGCGACGUGGCGAUGGACGGCUGCGAUUCGACGUUCGAGAUGCUGUUGAGCUCCAACACCCCGGUGACCGUGCUCGGUCGACACUGCUCCAGCUCCGAGAGCGAGAGGACCGUCGGAUCCUCAUCCGGCGACCACGACCUCAAGAAGCGCCGGAUCUCCGAGCUCCGAGGUGCCCUCCGUUUCGCCUAGGCCUGGGACCUGAGCCCAGAGGAAGGGAAGUAAAAAGAAAGUAAAAGCACCCCCCAAUAGGGAAAAUAGUUUGCUCCGUUUUUUCUAAUUUCUUUUCUUUUAUUUUUCGAGCUUUGGUUGGUGGUAAGAGAAAAAGAAACUGUUUAUAAUUCCUUUUCUGGCCUUUUAGAUAUAUAUAUAUAUAUAUAUAAUUUGGAAUAACUCUGAGAAGACAUUAAUAUUUAUUAGCGUGGUUGUUUUAUUUAA